AGCUCGCCCCACCCAGGGUGCCUGGCACCGAGGUUUAGCGGGCGGCCCAGCCUAGGACGAGGAUGGCGGUGUUUGCGCUCCAGCUGUGGCGUGCCGGCGGGCUGCCGUUCCUAAAGCUACGAAGAAACUUCCCAACUGGCUUGUCUUCUUGGAAAAUUCCUCGUGUCCUAAAAUCCUCGCAGCCAGAAGCUCAACUCAGUAUAACAAAUAACGCACUGCCCUUUGCACCUCUGCAGACCUUUUCUGAUGAGGAAAUGAUGAUGAAGAAAAUAGUUAAAAAAUUUGCGCAGGAACAAAUUGCUCCUCUGGUUUCAACUAUGGAUGAAAAUUCAAAAAUGGAGAAGUCAGUGAUACAAGGAUUAUUUCAACAAGGGCUGAUGGGCAUUGGAAUUGAUGCUGAACAUGGAGGCACAGGCGCUUCCUUUUUCUGCUCCGUCAUAGUGAUCGAGGAGCUGGCCAAGGUGGACGCAUCUGUGGCCCUUCUGUGUGACAUCCAGAACACAAUAGUCAACAACCUGUUUAAAAAACUCGGCACAGAAGAACAGAAGGCUACCUAUUUGCCUCAACUGGCUACAGAAAAAUUAGGGAGCUUCUGCCUUUCUGAAGCUGGAGCUGGUAGCGACUCUUUUGCUUUGAAAACAAGAGCUGAUAAAAAUGGAAAUUACUAUAUCAUCAAUGGGUCCAAGAUGUGGAUCAGCAAUGCUGAACACGCAGACAUCUUCCUUGUUUUUGCAAAUGUGGACCCCACCUCGGGAUACAGAGGCAUCACCUGCUUCUUAGUAGAUCGAGAUACAGAAGGUUUUCAUAUAGGGAAAAAGGAAAACAAGAUGGGGAUCAGAGCUUCUUCCACCUGCCAGUUAACAUUUGAAAAUGUCAAGGUUCCAGAAUCCAGUGUUUUGGGGAAAGUUGGACAUGGUUAUAAGUAUGCCAUAGGAAGUCUUAAUGAAGGUAGAAUAGGAAUCGCUGCACAGAUGCUAGGACUGGCCCAAGGAUGUUUUGACUACACCAUUCCAUACAUUAAAGAAAGGAUACAGUUUGGCAAACGAAUAUUUGAUUUUCAGGGGCUCCAACACCAAGUGGCCCAGGUGGCCACCCAGCUGGAAGCCGCACGGUUACUAACGUACAACGCUGCCAGGCUCCUGGAAGCCGGAAAGCCAUUUAUUAAAGAAGCAUCUAUGGCCAAGUAUUAUACCUCAGAGGUGGCCGGAAUAACGACCAGUAAGUGCAUUGAGUGGAUGGGAGGAGUCGGCUACACCAAAGACUACCCUGUGGAGAAAUUCUUCCGAGACGCCAAGAUCGGUACAAUAUACGAAGGAACAUCCAACAUCCAGCUGAACACCAUUGCAAAGCACAUUGAUGCAGAAUACUGAUGAUGCCUGUGGGAUCGGCCCCUCUCUGGUGUCACUGGCGUACCAUUUCCAACUCUUGUGCCUUAUUAAGUGCAGCCUGCAGAGCACUGCAGGGUUCUAUUGGAAGGCCCUUGUCCUGUUCUCAGACCUGGCUUUUGUUCCUCUCUCUUUCCAGUCUACUCUAAAACUAGUUUUAAGCUUCUGUACACAUUUAUAUUUCUCAUCCUAGUUUCUGAGUAUACCCAAGUUUCACUGUACCAACAUCUGGGAAGAUGAAAAAUUUUGAAGUAUUGGUAUUGCUGACAAAAAUAGUCACUUUAUAUUCCUACUAAAUCUUUGUACUGUGGUAUGAGCCAGAGGAACAUUUGUUACAGUAGGCAAUUUUUAUUCAAUACUUUAUAGAUUCAGUGGUAAGUUGCUAAACAAGGUAGAAACCGAUAAAAUUUAUUUGGAAAAUUGAGAACUGCUAGUUCUAAUAUCAAAGAAAUAGUAGAAAAUAAAGAUGUAACUUGUAAGUCAUAUAACUGACAACAACAAAAGCCCAAAAUAUUAUUUUAACCAACAAACGCAGCAUGUUUGGCUCUGUAAUUGACCUGUAUGAAAGCCGUUACAUGAUGGCUUCAGCAGGACAUUUAAAAACAUGGCCCUGUGUCAGUUUUCAACUAUAAAGUUUAACUAAAGCCA